UUGUGGACGCGGUCGAUAAGGGACAUUUGGCAGCGAUAAAACCUCAGAACUCGUUCUUCGUGUUGUAAUUUUCAGUGUAAACCGACAGUUCUGAGCGUCCGAUGCUGACGGACACUCAGACGGACUUUGUGUAGAGAGACCAGUUUGCAGACAGCAGCCAUGGCGCAGGCUGGUGCUCACUUCAUCACAGCAGCUGUAGACGACAGACCUUCCAUCUUCGAAGUGCUGGCGCAAGAGUCACUGAUGGAGGCUGUCAAACCAGCUCUGAGACACGCUGCUAAGGUCCUGGCUGAGUCCAACCCAUCUGUUUUGGGGUUCUUGUGGCAGAGGUUUGAUGAGAUAUUUAUGGUCCUUGACCUCCUUCUCCAGAACCACUUCCUGUCACUGAGUAGUGCUUCCUUCUCAGAGAACUUCUAUGGACUGAAGAGAGUGUCCAGCUCAAGGCGGGUGCUUCCUGUCCACCUGGGACUGAACAGGAAGUCUCACUGGCUCUCUCUGCUCCUCCUCUGUCUGGUGCCAUACCUGCGGGCCAAACUGGAGCUGACUUUGGCCCGGCAAAGAGACGAGGACGAUUUCUCCAUCCGGGUGGUGCGGAGCCGGAGCCAGAGUCUGUACCGGGCCUUGCUAGCCGCCUAUCCUUACGCCAGCACCGCCUGGGCUGGCUGGCUGUUGUGCCAGCAGCUGCUGUAUGUAUUUGGGCAGGUCCAGGCCCACUCCCCCCUCCUGUGGCUGGCAGGGGUCCGACUUGCCCACCUCACUGCUCUGGACAUCAGAGACAUGGAGCUGCAAGGCCACAUCACCGAAAACCCAACCGGCCUAAGCCUUCUGCAGAGGGCAUGGUGUGCGGUAGGCCAAGUCGCAGGAGGCGUGGCUGUCUCCCUCUCCACCUCCCUCUCACUAGGAGUCUUCUUCCUGCAGUUUCUGGAGUGGUGGUACUCCUCCGAGAACCAGAGCACCGUCAAGACCCUGACCUCCCUCCCCACACCGCCCCCUCCCCUGCAUCUGCGUCAGGAGGCCUCAUCCAGCUGGCCCACGGGGCGCCUCUCUGGAGAAGCAGGUUUCACCUCCUGCGGUGGCAGCUGGGAGUGUCCGCUGUGUCUCAACCGAAGGACCAACAACACAGUGCUGUCCACGUCUGGCUUUGUGUUCUGUUAUCCUUGUGUUUAUAGGUAUGUGAAGAACAACCAGCGAUGUCCGGUCACCGGCUACCCUACCGAACUCCAACACCUUGUUAAGAUCUAUGUUCCCGAGAGCUAGACUGGAACAGGAGGGGUGUUUGAGUGAACUCACUUUGAUUGAAAGUACAGAUGGUCUGGAUCAUAUCAGCAGAUCUACACUUCAGGGACACCAGAUCCCCUUUCACUUGAAGAAACCUGGACUAGUUUUGCAGUGAAGCCAUAACAGCUUUGAUACGAAGUGGUUUAGGGAUCAUGGGUCAUAGAGCGCCGUUCUUCUACCAGUCUGUGGUUUAGAGGAGAUCUUCUGAGGAACAUGUUGUAGUCCAGUACUUCUUAAAAAGCAUUUAGAGUUGACAUACAUUAUGCACAAAAUAUCUCGUUCUCUAUCGGAAUGAAGCAAACUUACAAUCGAUAAAGAGUAGUCCCACUGACACCCUAAUGGCCCUGACAGACUGACAGGCGGCACAGUGGUUAGCGCUGUCGCCUCACAGCAAGAAGGUCCUGGGUUCGAACCCCGGGGUUUCCCAACCUUGGGGGUCAUCCCAGGUCGCCCUUUGGUGGAGUUUGCAUGUUCUCCCCGUGUCUAUGGUGGGUUUUCUCCGGGUGCUCCAGUUUCCCCCGCCAUCAGAAAGACAUGCAUGUUAGGGUUAAUACUCCUGUCUAUGCCCCUGAGCAAGGCAUGGCAAGACGAACUGGAGUUGGUCCCCGGGCGCUGCACAGUGGCUGCCCACUGCUCCUAGCUACACAGGUAGGAUGGGCUGAAUACAGAGCAUAAUUACCCCACGGCGAUCA